GGGCAAGACCGUGGGGUGGAUGCCUCUGGGUGGCUUUACAAGGGCGCGUACAGUUGCCCCGUGGACCUCGUGCUGGGGCGACCGACCGACGCGUACCUGAACUUCAGCAUCCAGCAGAUCAAACUGCUGCAAGAGCACGACAUCACACCCAUUUUAGUGUUCGACGGAGCUCCACUGCCCACCCACGUAUGGGAUACAGGAUAG